AUGAGCCCCAUGCCGGAUAAUGGAAACGUGAUGCGUGCAUUCCCCAUGAGUGACCACUCGCCUUCGGAAUAUGAUUAUGAGAUCUGUGACAUGCUGGCAGCAAGCCCCAUGGACAGUGUGCCCUUGCACUGCGUCUGCUCCUACUGCAAGGGCAACGAAGGGCCCAAGGGAGACCGUGGAGACCGCGGCCUGCCAGGUAUUCCAGGGAGUCCUGGGAGAAGAGGGUUCACUGGGUUUAAAGGACAAAGGGGAUAUGUAGGCCGACCAGGCCUGAAGGGCCAGAAAGGUGAUGAAGGAGGAAAGGGGGGUAUGGGCCCCAGGGGGUUUAAUGGAGGCAAGGGAGACCGUGGCUAUAAGGGGGCCAAGGGGGACGCUGGUAUGGAGGGGCCCCCUGGUGAACCAGGGCCCCAGGGAGAAGCAGGAGAGUGCCCGGCCUCCUGCAACUCCCCCCAGGGCCCAGUGGGUGACUCGGGGCUGCCUGGUGCCUCUGGGAAACAGGGGCUGCCAGGGAUCAGCGGUCCUCCGGGGGACAAGGGACAGAAAGGUGACAUGGGUGACAUGGGGCCUGCUGGAUCCCCAGGGUCAGACGGGGAGAAGGGGGAGCAGGGGGCCGAGGGCGAAUGCAACUGCAGUGACGGCGCUGACGGUGCGGAUGGUUCCAAUGGGCCCCCGGGGCCCAAGGGCGAAAAGGGGGAGGGUGGCAGCAGCGGCAGGAAUGGGGUUAGAGGCGAACCAGGACCAGAGGGCAUGAUGGGAAUUCCAGGGCCUCCAGGGCUUUGUGGCGGCCAGAUAAAAACAGCAUUCUCUGUUGAAUUUAUUGGCAUGGACCCCAAGCCUCUCCAGUCAGUGCCCUUUGAUAAGAUUAUAUAUAACGAGCAGGGGUCUUACAACGAAAGGAUGCGCCGCUUUGUUGCCCCCUUCGACGGCACCUACGUGAUUGGCUACAACCUGAUGAACUCCAAUAAGCCUCUGAUGGUGGGGCUGUUUAAGAACCAUAUGCCCUUUAUCAAGUCCAUGUCGAUGUCGCCCCUGGGCACCACCUCCGUGCAAGUGGUGCUGCGUUUGAAGGUGGGCGACUACCUAACCGUCGUACCCAAAGACGACGAUCACAACGGCAUGGUUGGCGGGGGCGAGUCCAGCAGCUCCUUCAGCGGCUUCCUGCUCUACCCCGACUCGUGCGAGCCGCCGUUGGGCCGAGCGUUGUUGCAGACACCUCCACCUCUAUCUCCAUCUCUAUCUCCAUCUCUAUCUCCAACUCCAUCAGACGAGAUCUACAUAUGGAACACCCCCAACGCCGCCACCACUGAAUCUUAA